AAAGGCAUCCUGCCGCAGGCAGCAUGGAACGGAGACAAGGAUGCUGUUGACCUGCUGGUAGCGUGUGGAGCUGAACUCCAUGCAGUGGACCGAGCAGGAUUGAGCGCGCUCAUGGCUGCGAGUCACCGGGGACAUGCAACUGUCGUGCAGAGCUUGCUCAGGGCGCAGGCGGACAUCGAGCAGGGGCUCGCCAACGGAACCACCUCCCUGGUCCUCGCAGCGAAGUUCGGGCACGUGAAGACAGUGGUCAAGAGCCUGUUGGAUGCCAAGGCGAACCUCCGCGCGUGUAAGGCCAACGGCUGGACGCCCCUGCACGUGGCGGCGAGGAUGGGGCAUGGAGGCGUGGUGAGGACCCUGGUGGCGAGGAACGCGAACGUGGAAGGGAAGAACGCGACAGGACAGACAGCACUCAUGCUGUCC